CUUGGCAGGUCAGCCGCCGGCUCUAAAUUGGGUUUUGUUUUACCAUCACAUCAGUUGGGUCUUGUACUCUUUCUCCCUUCUUUUACUACUAGCUUUUCUUUUUUCCUAUCCUGCGUGCGACGCCGUCUGGUUCGAUUGAGCCAUCGCAGGCAGCAUCACCAACCUCCCUGCCCGGGUUUCGUGCUGAGUUUGGUUUUGUUCGUCAUCUCCUCCUCCUUUCUCCUCUCGGCCCCUCUUGUCCUUUGUCGCGUCUCUGGUCGAUUCGUUUUUGUUCCAUCUCGGCGCGGUGGUGUCUUCUUCCCCAUUCUUCCCAUCACUUCUUGAAUCAAUUGCGGAAUUAAUUGUAGGGGGAGGGUCACUCGUGAUGGCGGAAUUGGUCGGGCCGCGGGUGUACAGCUGCUGCCAUUGCCGGAACCACGUCUGCCUCCACGACGACAUCAUCUCCAAGGCCUUCCAGGGGAGGAAUGGACGCGCGUUUCUGUUCUCUCACGCCAUGAACGUCACGACGGGCGCCAAAGAAGACAGGCAGCUCAUGACCGGGCUUCACACGGUCGCCGAUAUCCACUGCCGUGAUUGCCGUGAGGUGCUCGGUUGGAAGUACGAGAGAGCCUACGAGGAAUCGCAGAAGUACAAGGAAGGCAAGUUCAUAUUUGAGAAGGCCAAGAUCGUACAGGAGAAUUGGUAGUAAAUAAAAUGCUCUUAUGGAGAUGUGAAUGGUGAUCCAUGCCUUUGUAAAUAUCAGUCACCAUAUUUAAGUACCAGUUUGUUGGUCGCGCCAUCUUAUUUGCAUGCCAUUUGUAUUUUGCACUUGUUCUCUGUGGAGAGAUAAAAUUCUGUUCAUUUGUUUGGGAACCAUUUUCUCAUUAUUCAUAAAAGGUUGGUUUAGCAAUGUUUAA